AGCGUGCCGGGCGUGGGCAGCGCUCACGUUCAGAGCCCACCCGCGGCGGGGGACGGGGACUUCCUGUUCGUGGGCCGGCACCGCCGGGGUCCCGGCCCUUCCGGGGACGCCACGAGGACGCCCGCAGCGACGCCGAGGCCGUGUCGGGGCGGAUGGGACUCCGAACGGGCCAGCGCUCACGGGUCGCUCCUUGUGGUCCACUUCUGGGCACCAUGGGCUCCACAGUGCGCUCAGAUGAACGGCGUGAUGGCGGAGUUAGCCAGAGAGCACCCCCAGGUUUCAUUUGUUAAGUUGGAAGCGGAAGCUGUUCCUGAAGUAUCUGAAAAAUAUGAAAUUAGUUCAGUUCCCACCUUUCUGUUUUUCAAGAAUUCUCAGAAAAUUGACCGAUUAGAUGGUGCACAUGCCCCAGAGUUGACCAAAAAAGUUCAGCGACACGCAUCUGUGGGCUCUCUCCCACCCAGCGGUAACGAGCACCCCAAAGAAGACCUCAGCCUGCGACUGAAGAAGCUCACGCACGCCGCCCCCUGUAUGUUGUUCAUGAAGGGGACCCCGCAGGAGCCGCGCUGCGGUUUCAGCAAACAGAUGGUGGAAAUCCUUAACAAGCACAAUAUCCAGUUUAGCAGUUUUGAUAUCUUAUCAGAUGAAGAAGUUCGUCAGGGCCUCAAAACCUAUUCCAAUUGGCCCACCUAUCCCCAGCUCUAUGUGUCUGGAGAGCUCAUCGGAGGACUUGACAUAAUUAAGGAGCUAGAAGCAUCCGAAGAACUAGAUACAGUUUGCCCUAAAGCUCCUAAAUUAGAGGAAAGGCUCAAAGUACUGACAAAUAAAGCUUCUGUGAUGCUCUUUAUGAAAGGAAGCAAACAGGAAGCUAAAUGUGGAUUCAGCAAACAAAUUUUGGAAAUACUAAAUAGUACUGGUGUUGAAUAUGAGACAUUUGAUAUAUUGGAGGACGAAGAAGUUCGGCAAGGGUUAAAAACGUACUCCAACUGGCCGACGUACCCCCAGCUGUACGUGAAGGGGGAGCUCGUCGGAGGCCUGGACAUUGUGAAGGAACUGAAAGAAAAUGGUGAAUUGCUGCCUGUGCUGAAGGGAGGAAAUGAAUAAGUGUUAAACCUGGUGCCCAGCCGUUUCGAGAAACAUUUAGUCGGAGCGGAGCCGUUCCUGAGUUGGCCCUCAGAGAAAGACUAGGCGGGAAAACACUCUGCUGUCCCCGGUUCCGCUCUGUGUGGGCCACAAGGUUGCGCUACAUAAAUGUAUGUUACGUUUUUUUCCACCAAAAAUAGAAUGUAAUAAACAUCUUCAAAUUCAGUUAACAAUAA